AUGACAAACAUGGCGAUGUGUAACAUAUGGCUUCUGCUAGUGUCCUUGACGGUAUUGACUGUAUCCAUGCAAUUUGUAUCAGGAAGCUCCGAAUGCCCGACACAAAAUCCCAACGUCGUAUGGGGCUGUGCCUACCAGCCUCACUGUUUCAGUGACAGUGGAUGCGGAAGUGGACACAAAUGCUGCCCUCACACUUGUGGUGCAUUUUGCUACGACACGUCUACAGCAACACACGUUACCUCAGCCCCAGAUGGCGAUUGUCACAGUUUAAGCUGCCUGCUCGGUGAAAUAAUUGGACGGAAAAAGUGA